AUGGAUUCAAGCAUUCGAGAAACAUCUGCACGAGCAAUAGCAACUGAUUUUCUUACUCGUUUAAGGAAGAAAGGAAGCGAUGAAGAUCGAUUUAAAGUUGCCAGACAACUUUAUAAUUAUAUAAAUGGAGAAUUACGUGAUAACAGUGAUCAAUUUACAGUUGAAUUUUUUGCAACAUUCGAUGCAAAAGUUGAUCAGAGUGCUAUACAUACGUUGAUGACAAGUUUGGACAAUGAUGAAAGAAAGGCAGGAAUAAUUUUGAUAGCAUGUUUGGUAGAAAAUGCUGGUGAUGAGACGAAACGUGUGCCACGUUUCGCAAAAUAUCUUCUGAAAGCAUUAGUGCAGGGCGAUGAAGCCGGCAUGAAACUUGUUGCCAGGGCAAUUGCUUAUUUGAUUCAGACAUCAAAGACAUUCGCUGCUGAACUGGUAGAAAAAUCCAUUAACCAGGUGUGUGAAUGGCUUGAAGAAUCUGAGCGACAUGAAUCACGUCGUCUUGCUGCAGUUUUUCUGGCGAGACAGUUGGCGUUAUAUACAUCAACAUCCUUCUUUCUACGUGCCUCUAAUUUCUUUUUCAAUAUUUUUAAAGUCAUCAGGGAUCCUAAGGCUACAGUACGAAUAGCAGCUACUAAGGCUUUGCACGCUGCUCUGACGGUUACAUCGCAACGUGAAGCACGUCAGAAAUCGGAAUGGUAUUGGCGCUGUUAUGAUGAAGCAAUGAAUUCAUUGAAAUUUGAUGGUUUGAAUCGAGACGAAAGACAACAUCCAAUGCUUUUGAUAUUGAAUGAACUACUCCGAAUUGGUAAUGCACCAGCUGAACGUCAACGUAUAUUGGCGCUCGGUCGCCAACCACAGCAGAAUGUUCAAACAGUAAUUGGAUCAAAUGCAAUAGAUUGGUUGACGGAGCGUACAUAUUCAGUUACCGUUGAUAGUCGAACUGCUAAUCAGCUUGUUGCUGAAAAAUUUGGUGAUAUAUAUCGUGUGUGCAAUCUCGCAUGUACUUCACGUUACGUUUGUUGCCAAACAACGUUGCUGGAAAUUUUCCCACGUCUUUCAUCAUUUGGAAAGACGCAAACGGUUGCUUCGAAUGAGACAAAUAUUUUCAAUGUUGAUAUAGCUUCAAUGUUCAAUCAUGCACUAAAUUUAACUGCAAAACAUUCACCUGCUUUCUUUACUCUUGGUCUUUUGGUACUUGAUCGGCCAACAGAAUUGCUUUUAAAAUUGCCUCGUCUUUUCGCUGUCAUACAAAUUCAGUUGCAGACUGCAACGUACAAGCACAAACCAGUAGAUGAAUAUGUUUUCUUGUGUUUGACAUUAAUUAUUCGAGCGUUGAAAGAAAAAGUAGAAUCCGAAAUUAAAACGCUACUGCCGAUUCUACUGUCAACAGGUUUAUCAAAAGGAUUAACGGACGUUGCUUAUGAAAUAAUGCAAUCCAUAUCUGGAUUGAAAACGGAGGCACAGGAUGGUUUAUUGAAAGAGCUUUGUCAGCUGUUAAUGAACCGCAAGUUACCUAGUAAACUUGAUCCACCUACGGAACCACCCAUGCCAGCUGGUCCUGUGAAUGUUACUAAUGUGGCACUUACAAAUCUCGCGUUAGCUACACUUGGUCGUUUCGAAUUUCAACGGCACGCUCUUCAAAUGUUCAUCAAUUAUAUAGCUCAUGGUUACUUGUCUUCUGAUUGCGCGGAAGUACGUUUAGCUGCAGUGGAUUGCUGUGCUAAAAUGUUGACACCCUUUGUUCGUGUAUUUGAAUCAUUUGAAUGCGCCAAUAAAAAACAGCGUUUCGAUGUCCUAAAUUUGAUCCAAUCUGUACUCCGACAACUUGUUAUGGUUGCUGUUGUUGAUCCGUCAGUGGAAGUACGCUUGAGAGUUUUACAAUGUUUUAAAGAUGGAGAUCCACUUCUGUUAUCACAUUUAGCACAAGCUGAUAUGCUUGACUCUAUUUUCAUGACUUUGCAUGAUGAAAAAUUGGAAGUGCAGGAGCAUGCAGUAGCUUUGCUUGGAAAACUGGGCAGUUUGAACCCUGCAUAUGUUUUACCCAGUUUACGUAAUGUUCUGUUAGAGACACUUACCCAGUUAACGAACAGUGGAGUGCCGAGACUCGAAGAACAUAGUGCUCGUGUAAUUGCACAGGUGGCUAAACAAUCUCCUAAAUUUGCAAAGCCAUAUAUGAAUCCAAUAUUGACAGCUUUGGUACCAAAAUUGAGCUCCGAAAUCAGUCAUGUGGAUGUGACUGUGCAGGUAUUGAAUGCUAUAAGUGAAUUGGCAGCUGCAGGUGGUGCUGAUUUGGUAUUUUCAGUAGAAACGCUAUUUCCUUCGUUGGUGCAGUUUUUGCAAGGCUCAAGCAGUUUAAGUCGCAGAGAAGCUGCUUUGCGUACGAUGGGACAGCUUUGCCAGAAUACUGCGUAUGUUGUUGAUCCAUAUAAGGAGCAUCCUGAAUUGCUUGAUGUUCUGCUGAGGCUGUUACGAACGGAAAUGAGUGUUUCAAUGCGUCGAAUGACCAUGCGGGUUUUGGGUAUUAUUGGAGCCUUAGAUCCAUAUACGCAUAAAGUUUUUACGGGAAAAGUUUCUUCUCAAAAGUCGAAUUCAUUAGCUCUAUCGUUACCAUCCACAUCAUCAUCUUCGGAUAUGCGAAAUGAUACCAUUCAGUGGUUUCACUAUGAAAAAUAUACAUUGACGGAACUCUAUCCGGCAUUUUCCAUUGCAAGUUUAAUGCAGAUGCUCAAAGACGAUGCACUCAGUCAUUUACAUCGUGAUAUCACCCAGGCAUUACUAACUAUAUUCGGCAGCCUUGGUCCCAGUUGUACACUCUACGUUAACAAGGUUAUACCUCGUCUGAUUGAAGUAAUUCAAACAGCUACUCGACCUGAUUUGAAGCAGUUUUACUUGCAACAGUUGGCUAAUUUUAUAGCGAUAGUUGGUGGUAGCAUGAAACCAUUCAUGUCAAAAUUGUUCAGCUUGGUCAGGGAAGCAUGGUCAGAAGAUGUAAGUAUGCGGCUUACUGUUGUCAAUGUCAUGCAGCAAAUAGGUGCAGCAUUUGGUGCAUCAUUUGCACCAUACAUUCCUGAAUUAUGUCCGUAUCUUCUAAGUAUCGUUCAGUCGGAUCGUACGAAGGAUAGAGCCAUCACGUGCGCUGUAUUCACAUGCGUUCAGUCAAUAUCAAUGUGUUUGGCACCACACAUUCAUCUUGUUUUGCCACCCAUUUUGUUUGUUCUCGAUGAUCGGACCGUUAAGGUGGAGGUACGACGGAUUGCUUUGGACACAGUUUAUCAAAUAGCUGAAACCAUUUGUAUUCGUGACCACGCACCAAGAAUAAUGCAAGUUUGGUUACGGGUUAUUUCUGUUCAUGCACUGCAGCAGAAUUUGCUGCUUUUAUUGGUGGUUAUUGUUCAACAAAUGUGGAGACAGUUUCUGGUUUUUCGUAAAAGUGUUGAUUAUGCUCUGGUUCGACAUGGCUUGCAUUGCGAUGAAUAUUUAAAGCUCACGGUACUACUCGAUGAGGGGAGCGCUGCAUCUCCCUCACAUUUUCCUGCUAUCAAGGUUCCGUCCAAUCAAGUAAAGCAGUUUAUUGCAUCUGCCCGUCAUGAAAAAGGACAACGAAUUAAUUUUGAUGUUUUGAAAAGGACUUGGACUACUGCGCAACUUGUAUCGAAGGAGGACUGGGACCAAUGGCUUGUUUUAUUGCGAAUUCAAUUUAUUCGGCAAAGCCCUUCUGCAGCUCUUCGUGCAUGUGCUCCUUUAGCCGAUGUACAUAUGCCACUCGCGAAAGACUUGUUCAAUGCAGCAUUCAUGUCAGUUUGGAUAGACUUGGACGAAAUGCAACAAAGAGACUUAGAAACAAAUCUUAAAUAUGCCCUUGAUUUCAGUAAUCAUACCGAUAUUACACAAACAAUAUUGAACCUUGCGGAAUUUAUGGAUCAUUCCGAAAAAGGGCCUUUACCAGUAGGUAGUGAAAGGUUGUGUAAAUGUGCUGAACAGACUCGAGCAUACGCCAAAGCGUUACGAUAUACGGAACUGAAUAUUCGCGAAGAAUUUAAUAGAGAUCCAGAUCCGGAACACUGUCGCUCUCUCAUUACUUAUGCAAACAAACUGAAUCUUCAAGAGGAAGCCGCUGGAAUUGUAGCGUUCGCUCGACAACAUAAUAUGGAAAUUGGAAGACAGGGUCGUUGGUACGAGAAGUUGAAUGAAUGGGAGAAGGCAUUGGAGAUAUAUAAUAAUGAAACAUGUAUUACUGAUGAGCUGUAUGAGCAUCAAAUGCGAUGUUUGGAAGCAUUAGGACAGUGGGAUGAAUUAAAUGACCUAGGUAAAAAAGCAUUCGCUGAAGUGGGCGCAACAACAAAUGCAAUUAGAAAGCAAAAUAUGGCAAUAAGUGCAGCACGAGGCAGUUGGGCAAUCGAAGACUGGGGAACAAUGGAUUAUUAUGUCAAACAGAUUAAUGAAAAUAAUCAAGAUGGAUCCUUCCUUCGAGCAGUGCUGGCUAUUCGAAAUGAGCAGUAUCGUGAUGCAAUGGCUUAUAUUGAAAAGGUGCGUGACAUGUGUGACACAGAAUUGACAGCGAUGGCAUCAGAAAGUUAUGAAAGAGCUUAUGGUGCAAUGAUUCUUGUACAGCAGCUAACCGAACUUGAGGAAGCCAUUGAAUACAAAAUGUGGCCCGAUCGAAGGAUUCGAAUUGCUGUUGUUUGGAGUCGACGUUUGCAAGGCUGCCGACCAAAUAUUGAACAGUGGCAGAGGCUGCUGCUGGUAAAAUCAUUAGUGCUUUCACGGAACGAGAUGCGCCCAUUAUGGAUUAAAUUUUCGUCGCUUUGUCGACAGUAUGGAAAGUUAUCAAUGUCACGUCGAAUUUUGGCAGAUUUGUUAGGACUAAAGCGGAAUGAAGAACUACACAAAAUAACGAAUUUGCCAAUGGAUAAGCCUUCAUUGGUGCUAGCAGUUUGUAAGCAAUAUUGGGCAGAAAAUCUGACUGAACUGGCUUGCAGUACAUUGGAACAGCUGACCAAUCGAUUCGAAGCCGAAAAGACAGAAAUCAAGAAAAAUUCGGAGAUGUCCCGGUUGGUGGCAAAAUGUUGUCUAAAACUUGGUGACUGGUAUGAUACUCUACCGCAGCCAACCAAAGAUGUGCAGGCCGUGAUUGUGAAUAUACAGCAGUCUUUAUCACCUGUUAACACUCCUCAACAAUCACCGGCAAGUGCAUCCAUUAUGAUAAAUGUACCACCAUUACUUCUAACCGAUGAUCAUACCCAAAUCUCUCCGCCUCCAGUAUUUGCACCAAGUUUACAUGCCAGCCCAUCACAACCGAUUUUGACACAAACAAUGAAAUUCUAUGAAAAUGCUACAGUUUACGAUCCAACUUGGUAUAAAGCGUGGCAUAAACUUGCAUCUGCUUACUUCAAUGCUGUUAUGUAUCAGACGCAGAAUUCGUUUUCACCAGCACCACCACCACCACCUUUUAUUGGUGCGAUGCCAAGUUCUCCCAAUUAUGGCCCUUUCGGCAGCAUUAUAGAUCAAGAAAUUUCAUCAGAUAUUCUUAUACCAGAAUUGUAUCCACCGCCAUCACCUUCUUCUUCAGUGAUUGUAAAUCCACCUUCUCCGGCACCUAAUCAAGCGAUGAUCUUCCUUGCAAAACAAUCUGUUUCAAGUUUCAUUAAAGCUAUUACUUUGGCCGAAGGAUCACGGCUAGAAGAUACAUUGCGAUUUCUGACCUUAUGGUUCAAACAUGGUGAUCAAGUGGAAGUUUUCGAGACUAUCCAAGAAUCAUUGAAAUUGCUGCCUGUUGAAAUGUGGCUUGAGGUUAUCCCGCAAUUGAUGGCACGUCUAGAUUCGAAACAAAAUGUUGCUCAGUUGAUUAAGCAAGUAGUCAUUGACUUGUCAAAAGUUCACCCUCAGUCAUUGGUUUACGCCCUUACAGUAGCUGCAAAAUCGGCAAAUUUACGACGUUCAACGGUCGCAACAGAGAUAUUGACAAUUAUGAGUGAUAGUCAACCAACACUUGUUGAGCAAGCAAAGCUUGUUAGUGACGAGCUGAUUCGUUGCGCCAUACUUUGGCAUGAACAAUGGCAUGAAGCACUAGACGAUGCAUCAAGGCUCUAUUUUCAGGACAAGAAUGUAAAAGCGAUGUUCGAGUUAUUGAAUCCAUUACAUGACAUGAUUGAUCGUGGUGCAACUACUCUGAAGGAACAGUCUUUCAAACAAACGUAUGAAAAUGAACUGAAGGAGGCUUGGAACGCUUGUCGUUGUUACUUACGUUCACAGAAUGCAAAAGAACUGAAUCAGGCAUGGGAUCUGUACUACAUGGUGUUUAGAAAGAUCUCAACUCAGCUUCGUCAGCUGACUUCACUGGAUUUAAAUUAUGUUUCCCCUAGGUUGGUGAAAGCUAGAGAUUUGGAGCUGUCAGUUCCUGGAACAUAUGAUCCAAGUGCUCCACUGGUUACUAUAUCCUCAAUAAACAACACUUUGCAAGUAAUUAAUUCAAAACAACGACCGAGAAAAGUAGUUAUGAAAGGAAGUGAUGGAAAGGAUUAUAUAUUCCUCCUGAAAGGUCAUGAGGAUCCUCGACAAGAUGAAAGAGUUAUGCAGCUCUUUGGUCUGGUUAACACUCUGCUCUUGCAUCAGGGUGAUACAUCUCGCCGAAAUCUGACUAUCCAACGCUAUUCAAUUAUCGCCUUGAAUCAAAAUAGCGGUUUGAUUGGCUGGGUUCCAAACUGUGAUACUUUGCAUUCGCUUAUUCGUGAUUAUCGAGAAAAAAAAGGAAUUUUGUUAUCAAUGGAGCACAAAAUUAUGCAAAGUUUCGCUAAUGAUUUAGAUCAGAUGACGCUGUUGCAGAAAGUUCAGGUAUUCCAACACGCACUUGAAAUGACGAGCGGAAAUGAUUUGCAACAAAUUUUGUGGCUUAAAUCUCCAAAUUCGGAAAUUUGGUUUGAUCGGCGUACCAAUUACACUCGCUCAAUGGCAUGUAUGUCAAUGGUGGGCUACAUUUUAGGGCUUGGGGACCGACAUCCGUCAAAUCUGAUGCUAGACCGCGUUAGCGGUAAAAUUGUCCACAUUGAUUUUGGAGAUUGUUUCGAAGUUGCAAUGACCAGAGAAAAGUUUCCAGAGAAAAUUCCGUUCCGAUUAACAAGAAUGCUCAUCCAGGCUAUGGAAGCUACAGGAAUUGAGGGUAAUUAUCGAAUAACUUGUGAGCGUGUUUUGCGGGUGCUUCGUUCAAAUAAGGAAAGCCUUCUUGCCGUACUUGAGGCGUUUGUGUAUGAUCCUCUUAUCAAUUGGAGAUUAAUGGAAGCUGGUGGAAGACGGCCGCCACCCGAAACGCUGCAAAAUGGUCAGACUGAUUCGAAAGCUGAAUCAUCACUAAAGCGUAUCAAGCAGAAGUUAUCAGGUCGUGACUUUAAUCCUAAUGUGGAAUUCAGUGUACCGGAGCAGGUUGGCCGACUCAUUGAUCAAGCAAUCUUAGCAGAAAAUUUGUGUCAGUGCUACAUCGGCUGGUGUCCAUUUUGGUAA